UCCUAGUCUUGGACCCUCACGCGACUCUGUCUGGAAACAGUUACAAACGACAGACGGAUUUCUCCAUACUUGCAGAUUCAUCGCGAACAUUGCAACUCUCGGGUUUCGUUCUUGACUUCUGCGCUUGCACAUUUCUCCAGGGGGCAUUCGGGCAGCUAAACCCAUUGCAAAGCCCUAAACCCAGGUUAAGCAUAAUCUUCUCCGUAUUGUGGAUCGUUAGACUAUUAUGGAGCAGCUAAAAACAAUCGGUAGGGAGUUUGCGAUGGGAUCCCAGGGGGCAUUCGGGCAGUCGAAGGAGUUCCUAGACCUCAUCAAGUCUAUCGGCGAGGCUCGAUCCAAGGCGGAGGAGGACCGCAUUGUGUUACGCGAGAUCGAGACUCUGAAAUCGAGGCUAUCUAAUCCGAAUACGACUAAGCUCAAGCUCAGGGAGUACAUAAUCCGUCUCCUCUACGUCGAGAUGCUUGGCCAUGACGCCUCCUUUGGGUACAUCCAUGCCGUCAAGAUGACCCAUGAUGAGAAUUUACUGCUGAAGAGAACUGGCUACUUGGCGGUGACUUUGUUUUUGAAUGAGGAUCACGAUCUGAUAAUUUUGAUCGUGAACACAAUACAGAAGGAUUUGAAGAGCGAUAACUAUUUGGCGGUUUGCGCGGCGCUGAAUGCAGCGUGCAAAUUGAUUAAUGAGGAGACGAUCCCAGCAAUUUUACCGCAGGUUGUGGAGCUAUUGGGUCAUCAGAUGGAGGCAGUGCGGAAGAAAGCUGUGAUGGCGUUGCAUCGAUUUCAUCAGAAGUCCCCAGGGUCCGUAUCCCACCUCAUUUCAAAUUUUCGGAGGCACAUGCUUUUGGUGCAGAGGCUUUCUGAUAACGAUCCUGGUGUCAUGGGAGCAGCACUUUGCCCCCUUUUUGACCUUAUUCUGGCUGAACCUGAUGUAUAUAAGGAUCUGGUGGUUAGUCUUGUUAAUAUUCUUAAGCAAGUGGUUGAACGCAAACUACCAAAGAGUUACGAUUAUCGCCAAAUGCCUGCUCCAUUCAUUCAGAUCAAGCUGUUGAAAAUUCUUUCCCUACUGGGUAGUGGUGACAAAAAGGCGAGCGAGCAAAUGUACACUACAGUGGGUGACAUCAUGAGAGAAAUUGAUUCAACAAGUAACAUUGGGAAUGCCAUUCUUUAUGAAUGCAUCUGCUGUGUUUCGUCGUUACACCCCAACCCAAAGCUGCUUGAAGCUGUUGCUGAGGCCAUUUCAAAAUUUUUUAAAAGUGAGAGCCACAAUAUGAAGUAUCUUGGUAUUGAUGCUCUUAGUCGUCUGAUAAAGAUAGGUCCAGAAAUAGCUGAACAGCACCAAUUGGCCGUCAUUGAUUGUCUAGAGGACCCAGAUGAUACCCUGAAACGCAAGACAUUUGAAUUGCUCUAUAAAAUGACGAAGUCAUCAAAUGUGGAAGUAAUUGUGGAGCGAAUGAUUGAGUACAUGAUAAACAUCAGUGAUACUCAUUAUAAAGCAGAAAUAGCAUCUAGAUGUGUUGAACUUGCAGAACAAUUUGCUCCAAGCCACCAAUGGUUUAUUCUGACCAUGAAUAAAGUAUUUGAGCAUGCAGGGGACCUUGUGAAUGCUAAAGUUGCUCAUAACUUGAUGCGGCUGAUUGCUGAGGGAUUUGGAGAGGAUGACAAUGCUGCCAAUAGCCUGCUUAGAUCUUUUGCUGUGGAGUCAUAUCUUCAAAUUAUGGGAGAACCGAUAGUUCCAUCAGCGUUUCUUCAAUUGAUCUGUUGGGUGUUGGGGGAAUAUGGGACUGCAGAUGGGAAGUAUUCCGCCUCAUAUAUUACUGGAAAAUUGUGUGAUGUUGCAGAGGCAAAUGCAUCAGAUGACGUCGUAAAAGCCUUUGUAGCAACAGCACUUUUGAAGAUAUAUUCAUUUGAAAUUGCAGCUGGGAGAGCAGUGGAUAUGCUACCUGAGUGUAAAUCAUUGAUUGAAGAUAUGUUGGCAUCCCAUUCAACAAUCCUGCAGCAGCAUGCCUAUGAGCUUAAAGCAGUGCUCUGUUUAGAUGCCCAAGCUGUCAAAACAAUAAUGCCGAUGGAUUCUUCAUGUGAUGACAUUGAGCUCGACAAGAAUCUUUCCUUUCUCGAUGUUUAUGUUCAACAAGCAUUGGAGAAUGGUGCUCAGCCAUACAUCCCCGAGAAUGAGCGAUCUGGGUUACCGAUCAUAAGCAAGAUUCUUGAAGAUCAAGAAUCUACAACAUCACCUGCUCUAAGGUUUGAGGCCUACGAGCUACCCAAGCCUUCAGUGGCACCUAAUGGAACACCCUCAACCGAGCUUGUUCCCGUCUCUGAGUUACCAUACGCUGCAGAUAUCCACCAACCUUCUCCAGCAAUUGCAUCUGCUUCUGGUGCUGGUUCAACAGAACUCAAGCUCCGACUUGACGGGGUUCAAAGAAAAUGGGGCAGGCCUACUUACUCAUCUCCUGGACCAUCUACUUCAAGUACCGACACUGUGAAUAUUCAGCAUGAGCCAACUCAGAGCAAUCCAGUCAGUCUUUCUGACUCCAUAGCAAGGGAUGCAUCUUACAAUUCAGGAAAGCCAGGGACCAAGAUUUCACCUGAAAAGCGAAGACUGGCUGCUUGGAUUUUUGGGGAUGCAUCUAAACCGGAGGAUAGACAGCUUUCUUCUAACCAGAAGGUAUCCUCAAAAUAUCAGAAUUCUGGUAAAGCUCGUGCAUCCCGGACUGCUGCAGAAAAUCCAUCCCGACCACCUCCAGAUUUACUGGACAUGAGCGAACCUUCUGUUGCUGCCGCCACUGUGGAUCCUUUCAAGCAAUUUGAAGGUCUUCUUGAUCUCACACAAGACAAUGCCCCUGCCAGUGCAGCUGGAACAUCGGAUUUUAUGCCCCUCUUUGCAGACAUGCCUCUAAAUGCCCCGAGUGAUGGCAAUAACAAUUCGAUGCCAAGUGCAUUUGGCAGAAAUGGCUAUUCGUCGAAUGGAGUUGAACACUCGGCACAGCAAUUUAACAAGGGAUCAAAUUUGAAGGAAGCAUUGGAAAAAGAUGCACUGGUAAGACAUACGGGAGUGACACCAUUAGGUCAGAAUCCUAACCUACUUAAAGACUUGCUUAGAUAAAUAAGACCUUGAGAUGCAUCACCUAUCGGAUAUGUAAUCAUCUAAUAAAACCUUGAUUUAUUUUAUUUAUUUAUUUAUUAUUAUUAUUAUUAUUUUGAAAUGAUGUAUGAUUUUUAAGAUAU